AUGGAUGAGAAAGAAUCAGAGAAAAAGAACGAUUAUAUGCCAUCAGAUAGUGAUCUCUCAUACAGUAAACAAGAAGAAGACAAGUGUAUAGAUACUGCUGGAGAUAGGAUCAGACCAGCUAUAGAUGAUAAUUUGCAUUCUUUUGCUAGUACUUCUAUGGUCUCUCCUCAAAUAGAGCAGGUGAUUGGCGAGCUGACUGUUGAGAAAAAUGAAUCAAAUUCUUAUGAGUCCAAGAACUAUAAUAAAGAAAAAACAGGAGACAAUAGAAUGCAAAACAACGAAACAGAAAGUAUUGGUCAACUUGAUGAUGAUGGAGUAGAAAGCGAGGAGAAUAAAGCUAAGAAAGACUUAAAAUGGUCCAACAGAAUGGUAGAGUAUUUAAGAAAUCUAAAGAAUGAUCACCCUGGAGCUGCUGAUAAACUUAGCACUAUUUUGCCUACUAUACUCCUCAUGCUCGCGUUCAAAAUGCCGCUCUAUGGCAAGGCUUUUAUUUGUCUGCUGGGACUAUCACUUAUAGUGCUAAAUCAUAUUGUGGCAGAGAAAAACAUUAUUGGCACGACUGUUUCUCUUGGGCUAGUGAUUUUGUUGGCUUUCUUUCUGCUGGCCAGAUGGCCAACUGCUGCAAAUAUUUUUGUAGUUCUAUACGCCCUGCUAAUUAUUAAAUUUACAGUAGACUCUUGGAACGCUAAGGACUAUGUGUGCAUUUUCAUAAGCAUUUUUGGAACAUAUCUUACUGUUAUAUUGCGCUUAAACACCCAUUGGAUCGACUCAGAAGAGAUUGAUAUGAUAUGGGCGUGCAAAGCGGUGUGUGCGGUCUUUAUAGUUCUUCUUUUUGAGAUGGAAGAUAGUUUCAGAAAAAACAGACAGAUGAGCAUUCUUCAGCAGCUCUAUCUUGAAGAUAGCAGUGAGCUAUUUAUCAACAGAUGCCAAAUAGAAGAGAACAAAGAAGAAAUAUCUGAUCUGAAGAGACACAUUAGAAAAGCACAGACUGAAACACUAGAGGACCAAAUGGAAGUAGAUGAGUGCAUAGAAAGAAAGAAUAUGCUGAAAGAAGAGAUUAGAUCUUUGAAAAAAAAGAACAACGAAAUAAUGAAAGAAAACGGCUGCUAUGAAAGUGACGUAUAUGAGAUAAAUGAGACAGCAUCCUUUUGUAUAGACCUUGAGAGACUCAGAUCGUUCAGAAAGAGCUCGAUAUAUGCUCUGAUAUCUGCGUCAAUUUUCUCUGGGCUAUUCUUUAUGCUUAUGGUUCCAAAGGCAAAGGCAUACAUGCUCCUAGGCGCAUGCACUAUCUCGCUUCUUUAUAGCAUGAAGCAUAACGCAUUAUUCGGGAGAAAAUACACUGCAAACUCCUCUGUAUAA